GCUCUCGCACAUUUCCAAUCUUGUUCAUCGGGUUCCUUCGUCCCAAAUGCUGCCGCAGACCUAAGGCAAGUUUCGCAGAACCACACUCUAUGUUCCCUCAUCUUCAUCCAAUACGCUCUCUCUUAUCCCUCCCGUUAUCAGUCCGUUCCAAUGGCUCAGCAUGCUGAAACGGCGAGCCCCGCGUGAACAGCUAGAACGUCGCGAUCAAUUUUGCUGGCUCCUUCGGUUCUUCUUCAAAAAUCUCGCGCGCGUAAUUGAUGAUUAACAUAUAUUUCAGUCACCAUUUGAUUUCCGAUUGGUGACGGCAUAACUAUGACCUCCACAUCUCGAGGUUCCAACGGUGCCUCCGAUAAUAAUGGCUUCCUCACCAUCACCGUCGCCUCGCAUCCGCCGGUUGGCGGUGACUCUCCUUCUACCUCCACCUGCCACCACAUUGAUGUCCAUGAUCAGGACGACGACUCGCCGGUGGAUCCGGAAGAUCCUUUCGAUAUUGCUCAAACCAAGAAUGCGCCUCGUGAGGCGCUCCAGCGAUGGAGACAAGCAGCACUAGUGCUUAAUGCCUCACGGCGUUUCCGCUACACUCUGGACUUGAAAAAAGAAGAAGAGAAACAAAAAAAGAAAAACUUGAUUAGAGCCCACGCACAAGUCAUAAGAGCGGCAUUGCUUUUCAAAUUGGCUGGUGAACGUGAAAUAGUUAUAACUACAUCAGCGCUAUCCCCAGCUCGAAUCAGUGUCGGUGAUUUUGCUGUUGAACUGGAAGAACUUGUCUCAAUGUUUAAGGAUCAUGACCUUUCUGCUUUAGAGCAAUAUGGAGGGGUUAAAGGUUUAUCAAAUUUACUAAAAUCAAGUCCCGAGAAAGGAAUUAAUGGUACUAAUGAUGAUCUAUUAAGAAGGAGAAGCGCAUUUGGAACAAAUACUUAUCCUCGGAAGAAGGGGAGGAGUUUCUUUAGGUUUUUAUGGGAAGCUUGGCAAGAUCUGACCCUCAUCAUAUUGAUUGUUGCAGCAGCAGUGUCAUUAGUACUUGGAAUAAAAACAGAGGGUCUGAAAGAAGGGUGGUAUGAUGGGGGCAGCAUUGCUUUUGCAGUUUUUCUUGUCAUUGUAGUUACAG